AUGCGAUGGCCUUUUGCCGCGUAAAUUUAUGCCAGUUUGUGAGGAAUUCAACGCGAAAAAUAGCCUCGAACAUGUCGGACCAAAGCCAAAAACGAGGAGCAUUUAUAGUUUUCGAAGGCUGUGAUCGAGCGGGCAAAACAACGCAAUGCAAACAGCUGGUUGAACAGCUCACGAGUGCCGGAUACAAGGCAAAGUUUAUGAAUUUCCCGGACCGAUCCACGCAAUAUGGGCAGCUGAUAGACCGCUAUCUCACGCGGAAGGAUGAUAUCGUAGACCAAGGAAUUCACCUGCUCUUUACACUGAACCGGUGGGAGAUGCUCUGCGAGAUGGAACGCCAGCUGAAGAGCGGUGUCACAUUGAUCGUCGAUCGGUACUCCUUCUCGGGGGUUGCCUUCAGCGCUGCCAAAGGAUUGGACAUGGAAUGGUGCAAAGCACCCGAGGCAGGCCUGUUGAAGCCGGACCUAGUGAUCCUGCUGACGAUGACGGCCGAGGCGCUAGCGAAACGCGGUGGUUUCGGUGAUGAACGAUACGAGAUACCGGAACUGCAGACGAAGGUCAUGGAAAAGUACAUGCAGCUAAAGGACGAUCGCUAUUGGAAGGUGUUAAGCGCCGACAAACCGUUCGACGAGCUAACGAAGGAAUUGUAUGCCAUAGUCCUGAACGUGAUGGAUAGUUCCGGCGAACGGAGUUUAGAGAGGCUUUGGUAAAUGGAAUGGAACGCCCGUUAUCGUCCUUUCAAUGUUAAUUUUAUGAAGAAGAGCAAGUACAAUGCCAAGCAUUUCCGGAAGGCCUUUUUAGGAAAAACGUGAGCGAAGAGUCGCGCAGUGCCUUCCACGCGGACCGAGCGGAUGAAGAUCGUUGUGCUUAUUAUCGGAAUCAACCGGGUAAAGUUGAAUGAAACAAGAGGAAGGAAAGUGUAUCAAGACUUUAAAUAAAU